CAUGAUCAAUUAUACACUUCUGCAAUCAAUAACUUGUGAUAAGUGUCCUGAUAAUUGUCUGGAAUGUGACGUUGUCAACUCCAAACUGAUCUGUAAAGAUGGAAAAUGCAGUCCAAAAUACGUUAGAAAUUCUGAUAAACUAUGCUCAAAGUGCCCUGAUAAUUGUGUGGAUUGCACCUGGAAUUGGGCUAAAGCGAGAACAGAAUGCAGAGGAACGGCGUCGACUCAUUUCUGUAUCGAGAGAGAGAAUGGAAGAUCUUGGGGACUUAAGAAUGAUGGAACAUGCGUACCUUGUCCAACCAACUGCAAUAAAUGCUAUUUUGAAGAUGAUUCCUCUCCAAUUCCAGUUUGCUAUCCUUCAAUGUGUCAAAAGAAGUUUACUUUUGACGAUGAGACUGGAACUUGUGUUCAGUGUCCAAAUGGUUGCGACUACUGCAAGAAAAGGUCAACAGGGUUAACGUGUCUAGCAUGCAGCGAAAAUUUUGCACCGAAGUAUGGAACUUUAUCAACAAUUGAGUCUUGUGAAGCCUGUUCAAUUGCAAAUUGCGAUUAUUGCGAAAUAGUAUCGAAUGCAGUUCAAUGUAUGAGAUCUCCGUGUGGUAAUAAAUCUCCCAAUUCCAACAGUAAAAUGUUCUCUUUCACAAGUGGAACUUGCUCAGAAUCUUGCAAAGAUAAUACCUUAUGUACUUCCGGUUCUAUAGUUGAUGAGAAUGGAUCGUGUUUUUGUAGAUCGUGUUCAGAAGGAAGUACAUUAAUCCUUUUUGGCCCAAAUGCUGGAGUUUGCAAAAAUUGUGGACUGAAUUGUGCUGAUUGUCAAUUGAACAGUGAUAAAACUGAUGUGGAAUGCAAAACGUGUAUUGGCAGUACCCAAUGGGUUGAUAUUGAAAUAGGAGGAACCUUAUCAAGAGGAUGCUACGAUUGCGGAGAGGCGAGACUUCAAUGCAAAAGAUUCGAAAGAUUCGGAUCAUCUCCAGAUUACAAAUGUAGAUGUAAGGCUAAUGAAUGUAUUGGAGACCAAACAAAUUCUACAGAAUAUACAGUUUUCCAAGAAUCUAAUACUCCAUCUACACCAUUUCAGAAGUGUAAAGCCUGCUCAGAGGAAUUUCCAAAUGCUGUACAGUGUACUAAAGUGAGUGGAUCAACACCUACACCUGGUGUAAAAGUUUGUCAAAGUGGUUACGAGAAAGAUACUGGUGUUAUACCAACAACUUGUCAAAAGAUUGGAGAAUGGUGUGUUACUUGGUCCCUUCCUAAUAGCGUAUCCACUCAAGAAGUUACAUGUACUAAAUGUGCAAAUGGUGCAUUUUUAAAUAGUACAAAAUGCCAACCUUGCCCUGAUAGAUGUAGUGAGUGUAUUAUGAUUGAUCUUGUUCUCGUCUGUCUUGCCUGCUCCAACGGAAAUUCUGGAAUGGAUUGCGCAUCUCCGUCAAACGUUUGCGAUUCAGCAUCAAUAGACUUUUGCGAAGAAAAAUGGAAUAUGGCUCCUAGCGGAAGUACACCGAACUGCUAUUGUUCAAAAUGCCUUCCUACUUAUGCUGCUAAUAAUUUUUAUUCUUAUAAGGUGUUAAAUGUUGGAAGUUGUACUGCAUUUCCUUUUGAUAAAAGUGUUGUAGGUUGUUACCAGAUGGCAACGCUAACUGACACUCUUAAAUGUGCCAAAUGCUUAAAUUCCUUUGUUUUGACAGCUAUGGGAAGCUGUCUUCCAGCAAUAUCUUCUUGUAAAGAUGGAUUCAGUUAUGCAUUUAAUAACGUUAAUGCAUCUUGUAAUGUACUUCUUCCACAUCAUGUGAAAUCAGGAGAUAUAUAUCCGGUUCCAUUGUCAAAUCAAGGAGGUCAGCAAUGUCAAGGAUACUUUGCAAAAUCUGGAACAUUUUCUCCUAGCUUGGCUAGAUGUUCUGGCUGUACAACUGGAUAUAUUUUGGAUACUUCAAAUCCAGAAAAGUACGAAUGUGUCGCCUGCAACGGGAUAAGCUUGUUAAAUUGUAAAUUUGCAGUAGUUUCUGAUGGUACAUGCCUUUGUGGUAGAUGCAGUGAAGCAGGAGAAGGGAAACAUUACCUUAAACAUCCGAUUGAUCCGGGAUGCGUAGAAAUUGCAGAUAUAGCAAAUUGUAAUGCAUACACAAUGAAACUGAACGAAGGAGUGUAUAUUGCAGUAUGUUCAGAAUGUUCUGCAGGUCAAAUUGUCGCCAAAAAUGGUCUUUCUUGUUUACAAUGUGGAACUUGCAAUGGUGGAAUAAACAAAUUAAAUUCGGUUGGUGAUGCUUGCGAAUGUACUUGUCCAUUAACUGGGUCAAUAAUAAAUUCUGAUUUAAACGCCUGCAUUGAUUGUUCAUCAGAUAAAAUUGCAAAUUGUACAGAAUUCAUGCUAGUCAAUGACAUUUGUAAAUGUUCUCAGUGUGCACAGAAUUAUAUAAUCAAAGAUGAUACGGAAUGUAUUGAUUGUGAAAGCGGAGAAGGUGGGGCUAAAUGUAUUGAAUGCAAUUUGGCGGCUGGAUCGUCAAUCGUUUCAAGUUGUACAAAAUGCGCUUCUGGUUGGGCUUUAGAGCCCGCUUCUUCGUCAACUAAGCCAAAAUGUUAUCAAUGUCAGGAUGGAUGUGAAAAGUGUACAGUUGAUGUAUCUUCCACAACUCCUAGUACAAUUAACAGAUGCCUUCAAUGUACAGCAAACUAUGCUCUUAACAAUGCUGGAGAGUGUAUAAAAUGUCCAUUAAACUGCAAUGAAUGCAGGAUUGACCCCACUAAUCAGAAUAGCGUUAUUUGCUUAUCAUUUGGAUGUGCAUCGUCACGAGCUCUAAAAGAUUCCGAUUUCAGUUGCGAAUUAUGCUCAAUUACCAAUUGCGCAAUAUGCGUACAGCAAAUUAAUGACUCAUUUACGUGUUUGCAGUGUAGUAGCGGCUAUUAUAAAGACAACAGUGGAAAUUGUCAAGCGUGCGUUGAAGGUUGCAGUUUCUGUUUGAAUGGUGAAACUUGUAUACCCAAUGGCUGCACAGAAGGAUUCAUUAGACACAGAACAGAGGGAACUUGUUUGCCCUGUACUGGAGCUGGCGUUGCAAGGUGUUCUUUUGAAGCCGCUGAUUCCGAGAUACUUGUUCCGGAAGUGUGUAAAUCUGGCAAUACGUUAACUAAAUCUUCUGGUGGUAGCCUAUUGUGUGAAAGAUGCGAUCUAAACUGUAAAAAGUGCGAUGUGAACGGGCUUACUAAAUGCGACGAAGGGCAGUGUAACACUGGCUAUUUUUAUGAUCCAACUGAUAAGGUAUGUUAUCAGAAUAAAUAUGGAUGUUUACAGUCAAAAAGAUGGAAUGGAGAGACAAUCUGUUCUGCCUGCGAUACUGCAAUAUCUGUUUUAUCGAAUGGCAAAUGUAAAAACUGUCCAACUGGUUGUUCCGGUUGUACUUUUGAUAUGACUUCUGCUAAAUUUUCAUGCGCUUCAUGUAAAGAUGAAUACUAUAGAACAGCUAAUAAUCUUUGCGCUGCUUGUCCAACUGGAUGUAACACUUGCUUAUCAAAAGAAGGAAGUGUUCAAUGUACUUCUUGCAAAUCAAAUUAUGGGCUGAAUGGAGAACAAUGCGAACCAUGCAAUACAGACAAUUGUGAAAAUUGUCAAACUUCUUCCGGAAGCGGAAGUAGUUCGGUAGAGUGUACAUUUUGUGCAAAAAAGUAUUACAUAAACUCUGAAAGUUGCGGACAAUGUCCAAACCUAUGUCAAGAGUGCUCUUACAAUGGCAAAUACGAAUGUUUAAUAUGUCAAGAAGGAACUGGAAGGUCACCAGACGGAACUUGUAUUCCUUGCCCGGCAACCUGCCAAUCGUGUGCCGUGAAUUCCGAUAGGACUAUUAGAUGUAUUAAAUGCAAAUCAAAUGAAUACUCUCUUCAACCUGACGGAAGAUGUAGGCCCUGUUCAGAAGUAACAUUUGCUAAUUGCGCAACAUGCAGUUCUAACCCAUUCAAGGCCAAGGUUAGUUGCUACUCAUGCAAUGCUGGCUAUUCUCUACAAAAUGAUGGAGAGGGUUGCAUCGACUGUUCCAUAGCUAAAUGUGACAAAUGUAUCCAUGGUAACAUUUGUUUGGAAUGUAAAUCAGGAUUCCAGUUGACCAAUCAUAAUACGGAGUGUGCUCAAAAAUGCUACGAAUGCAAAGGAAAUGAAGCUGAUUGCGGAAAUGACGUUUCAAAUUUAAAGAAUAGCACCAGUAAUUUAAAGGUUGUAGAUUGUUCCAUUGGAGAUUGUUGGGCCUAUAGAAUGGAAAGUCUUGGACAAGUAACAUUUGCUAGAGGAUGCUCAAAUGAAACUUGCACUUCCGCAACGACAAAUGAAAAUUGCAAGACAAUUAACGAAAAGAAAGAAUGUGUUAAAUGCUGUAGUGGAGAUCGAUGUAAUACCUGGGCAUUAGACGGGAAAGCAGGAGCCGAAAGAAUAGCCAAUAUCCCUUACUUCAUCUUUUUAUUAAUUCUCAUAAAUAUUCUAACAACGGGAUUAAGAAUAUAA